GUGAAUGCUCCUCUGGGUAAGACUCUGACCUUGCCCUGUGGCCUGUGGCGUGGACAGCAGAGUCGCUUUGCCGUGGAGUGGCGCCACCGUGCUUUGGGAGAAGGAGAGGUCCUCUACGCCUAUGAUGGAUGGCGUGACAGGAUUGAGGAGGAGCUCCCGGGGUAUGUCAUGAACUUCUCCAACUUACACUCCAAGGGUGACGCAUCACUCAUAGUGGAGAAGGUUGAGACUUCACAUGAGGGCACCUACCUCUGCAUCAUCUACGUGCCAUACCUGAGGGCACAGAGGGAUAUCCAGCUCCAGGUCACAGCGAAGCCUCAGAUCACCCUUCUGCCCUCCCCGCUGUUCGCCCGCCCUGGUGAAGAGGUGACCCUCUUCUGUGAGAUCUCCCACUUUCACCCUCUGGAAAUCUCGGUGGACUUCUUGGUUCAGCUUCCAGGAGAAUCAAGCCCGACUCUAAUGCCUGGAACCUCCCUGUCAACUCAUGGCCACAACCAAGAUGGCACCUACACCAUCACCGGCUACCAACGCUUCAACGCUAGCCCUGAGCUCCACGGUGCACGCUAUUCCUGCCAAGUCAGCCAUGCCAGUUCCACGAAAGUGAUGUCCCAAAGUCAGACGCUUCAAAUUGCUGGUGUGUUGGGACCAUCUAUUGAGGACGGGAUGUACCUCUUCCUGACUGCCCUCUUCUUGUACGGUUUUCUGAGUUACCUCCACAGGAAAUUUAAACUGUUCUUCAGCGCUGGUCCAGCAGAACCGAAUGACAAACAGAAAAACCAUAAAAGAGAGUAA